AUUUUGUUCAUCAAUGACUGAUGCAAUGUUCUCUUCUUCGGCCAAGCCACACUUCAUCAAGCCUAUGCUUCCAGGCUUCGAAACCUAUAUUGUUAUUCCUAAAGCUUUUUACUCGAACUACUUAGAGGGAAGACAAGAGGGAAACGCUGCAGAACUGAGAUCAGACGCCACGGAGAUCACUUGGAAAAUAAAGAUAGACGGCCGAAGAAUGACCAAAGGGUGGGAAGAAUUUGCGGUGGCUCACAAUCUUCAGGUCGACGACAUUCUUGUUUUCAGACACGAAGGAAAUCUCUUGUUUCAUGUCACACCUUUUGGACUGAGUUUUUGUGAGAUACUUUACUCACAGAGAGACGAGAAAGAUGUCAAAGACACGACGGGAAAGGUUACAAGAUCUAGAACGGUGAAGAAAAACGGAAAAAAUGAGUGUUCAUCAGUGGACACUGAUUUUGUGGUCCCUGUUACAGCCUCAAACCAACGAGUUGAUUCAUUUUAUCUUCCAAGAGGUUUUACCACAUCAAGUGGUUCGAGUAAACUGUGCAAUGAGAUAAUUCUAAUAGAUGAAAAAGACAGGCCAUCGACGCUAAAACUGCGUUACAAUAAAUCAAGUAAUCGGUUUUGUGUUAGCCGAGGUUGGAGAGCUUUCUGCUGCAGGAAUGGUUAUAGAACUGGUUGUUUCUUGAGAAUCAUAUUGGUCCGAAAAGGAAAAACACCCGUGCUCCGGAUUUUUCCUUUGGAGAGGGAUGAGGACAACAUUGAAAAACACUCAAAGAAGGUUAAGCAAGAAGUAGAGCAUGAGGAGUCUGUGAAAGAAGAGACGAAUGUGGAAUCAGGAAAGCUUAAAAGAGAUAGAUUACUGCAGAAAGAUCCCAAAAAUUUGUGUUCUACAUCACAAGACACUAAUUUUGUGGUCCCUGUCACAGCUUCAAACCAACGACAUGAUUCAUUUCAUCUUCCAAAAGGUUUAACCACCUCAAGUGGUCUGAGUAAACUGUGCAAGAAGAUUAUUUUUAUGGAUCAAAAAGGUAGGUCAUCGAUACUAGACUUGAGCUACAGUAUAUCAGAUGAUCGGUUUACUGUCAGGCGAGGCUGGAAAGCUUUCUGCUGCAGGAAUGAGCAUAAAACUGGUUGUUUCUUGAGGCUCAUAUUGGUCCAAAAUGGAAAAACACCCGUACUCCGGAUUUUUCCUUUGGAGAGAUAUGAGAACAGCAUUGCGAAGAACUCUAAGAAGAUUAAGCAAGAAGUAGAAUAUGAGUCUGCGAAAGAAGAGAAGAACCUGGAAUCAUUGUCUUUGUCAGAUAAUUCUAGCUUUGUGGUAUCUGUCACAGUUUCUAAUCUAAGUGAAGAUAUACUGCAUCUUCCAAUAAGGCUUUCAAGAUCAAACUUACUGGACAAAAAAAUUCACGAGAUAGUUUUGAUGAACAAAGAGGGAAGAACAUGGAUAUUAAGUUUAAAAUACAGCAAGUACUCCGGUAGGUUUAGAAUCACACGCGGCUGGAAAAGUUUCUGCGAGGCGAACGGUCAAAAACCUGGAUGUACCUUCUUACUCAAGCUGCAUCUUUCGAUGACUCGGUUUGACCAAGACGGAGUAGCAUGGGACAAGAAGUGA